AUGGGUGAAGUCUUGAGGGACUGGUUUCGAGACAGAUUGGGAAUAAUCGUUGAUCUGAGCCCGAAUGUUUUCGGUAGGAUUACGAGAGACGGUACUCUUUUAGCUCAACUUUUACACAGUUACGACAUAAUCGACAACGCCCAACUAAAAACGAUAUUCGGCACCGAAGAUCCCGCCUUGGCUAGGGUAAAUUUGAAACAUCUACGGGUUUGGUUGAAAUUCAUCGGAGUGGACUGUGCAGAUGAAACUAUAGAAGAUAUUUCAAAUGGUCGGGGCACCACAGCAGCGCGCCUUUUCUACAAGAUAUUCGUGAGCUUAGAGGGCAAGGAUAAGCUCCACUUUAUAACUCAACAAAAAGAAAGAGAAAAAUACAUUCCAAAUUCCUCCAAGUUCGACGUGAGUACGGUGUCGGAGAUACCGGAAACUCCGCAGCCGUCGAAAAAUCCAUUAGCCGAACCGCUAAUCCGAAAUGAAACCAUUAUCGCUUGGCAUCGAGAUAAAUUUCAAGCAUUAUUAGAACGUUGUAAGAUUGCGAGAAAACAAUCCGUAUUGGAGCAAGAUAAAAGGGAGGCGAAGCAAAAGGAAUCGAGUACAAAGGGACUUGCAAGAAUUAGGGGAGUUCAGCCGCGAGCACAAGGUCCGUACUCCGGAUGA